AUGGCCAAGGCAGCCACCUUGUUCGGCGCAGGCACGCUCUUCGACCCCUCCCACAAACUCGUCACUUCGCCGUUCUUCUCGCCUACUCUUCUGGCAUGGUUCCGAGCUUCGGUAGCACUCUACACGACUGCUAUGCUGAUAUUCAUUCUUGCAUACGACAGCGUCGUCACCAAGGAUGCUGGAACAAACUUUUCUUAUUUCACGUUCCUCACCUACAUUGGUAUAUGCUCGUACUACUGGGCAUCAUUCGUUCAGACCUUUUGGUAUAUCAGAAGAGGCUUUGAAGGAUACCCGUUACAGAGUUGGGGGAAAACGUUGCAGAUCUUGCAUCUGAUGCUCCGAAACACGGUGUUGACUUUUCCUAUAAUUGUCACCAUCGCCUUUUGGACCCUUGUUGCCACUCCAUCUAGUGUUGCCACGACUGUUAACCUCUGGCGAAACAUUUCUGUGCAUGCCUUAAACUCAUUGUUCUGUGUUUUCGAAAUGCUCUUGACGAACAACCCCUCGCCGCAAUGGAUCUUCCUUCCGGUUAUGAUACUGAUAAUCGGACUCUAUACCGCUCUCGCAUAUGUGACACGCGCUACUCAGGGAUUCUAUCCCUAUACGUUUCUAGAUCCAGGGAAAUACCACUCAGUCGUUGCCGCUUUCUUUUUUGGUAUCGUUAUUGGGGAGGUUGUGAUCUUCACCUUGGCUUGGGGACUCAUGAAACUGAGGGAAAUGAAAUUUCCUGUGAGGAGCACUGGCAGUGAUGAUAUUGCAAUUGAGAUGAAAGAACAAGACCGAGAUUCGGUGUAA